AUGGCAUGGGGCGCUCCUGGAACGGGGUUUUGCUCCUUGGCCCCCCCAGGGAUUGCCUGUCUUUCCCACAGUGUCAAAAGAUGGGUAUCAACAGGGGUUUGCCAUGUGACAACCGGCACUAAAUUUGCAUGGCUAUGUGACUGUGACUUGAAUGUAUUUGAAUGCGUGUUCCUGAGUGAUUGUUGGAGCGUGGCAUGGCACUGCAUGUGGGACGCAGAUUCAUCCUUUUCCCGAGUGCAGGAGAGGGUCACCAGCCAAGCCAACUCAUUCGCUGAAUGGCACCAGGACGUCCCGCGCAGCACUGGACUCGGCGCGAUGGACUUGCAACCGGAAAAUGACCCCCAGCUGAUCUCGUACAUCCGUCACGUGUUAAUGAAGCGUCCGUCGAGAGGGCCUUACGUCCUUGGCAUCGGGGCAACCUCACUUUCCCCUUCCAAGAGGACCAAAAAGCUGCAGGAAUAUUUGAAGAAGAUGGCCGGCGGUGUGUUCGUGGAAGCGUACGCCGGUGACGGAGAGAAAGAAACCUCCACCCUGUACCUCGAGCGGAACGAGAGUUGGAGCGGCCUGCUGGUGGAGCCGGACCCCGCCCUCUACGCUUCCUUGCUAGGGAAAGGGCGAAAAUCCUUCAGCGUCAAUUCCAACUUGUCUCUCUCCUUAACGAAUUUUACUUCACGGAGUAUCGAUUCAGUAAAGGAGGGAAACGCCACCUUGCCACUUUACACCCUUGUUAGAGCGACUGGCAUGCCUGAAAUCGACUUCCUGUGCCUUCACACUGGCGGCACAGAACUUCAGAUACUACAAACGUUUCCCUGGAUCAAUAUGCGCGUGCGAAUCAUAAACGUAGAGUAUUCAAACGUUCCCGGCAACGUUUUGGCCGUGCAGACCUUCCUCAAGGACAAGGGCUUCGACCUCACCAUCAUGCAAGAGCACAGCGCCACCUUCGUCAGGAAGGAUCUCAUGGAUGAACUGAUGGGCACGACGCAGCGACCCCAUGCCCGAAUGACUUUAGUGAAAAUAGGGAAAAAGGGGAAAACUUUCUUCGAAAUCAAGCGUGGAACAUAAUUAAUUGUGUAUUGUCUACACGCACUUGCAUACUCACCACACACACCCGUGAUUAUUACUAUUACUAUGUGUUUAGAAUAAAUUUCCACAUGAUGCUUAA